AUGCACAUCAUGCUGCAACUAAAUUCAUGGUACUGCAAAAAGCACUUAAGAAAUGUGAGUGUUAUUUACAGUGGAACCUUGAUAUAAAAAAGUGCAAAAUCUGUUUGCUAUAACAAGGUUUUGUUAUAUUAAGUUUUUAGCCAUACUUUAUUAUUAGAGGGGUAAAGAAAAUCACUUGUGAUACUGAGGACUUCGCUAUCAAGAGGUUAUCAAGGUUUCACUUUAGCGUUUUAUUAUGAGCCAUUUAACAAUGCCCCAAUAGUCAGCAUUACCACAGUCAGGGUUGUCUCCUGUGCAGCUGUUUUAACCCUUUAAGUUCCAAUGGUGACCAACAUCAAUUUUCUCCCAGCAAUAUUCAUACCUUGUCAAGAGAUUAGGUUAUGAGAAUUUACGAAAUGAUCACGGAAGAGAAAAUGCUUUGAUCUGCCAUCAAACUCUCUCAACUGAUUCUUAAAGGAAAUGUAUGGAGAUCAGUUUGGAGAAUUUGUAUGUGGAUAUUGGGGCUUAAAGGGUUAAGGUUUGUCAGGCAAGACUCCUAUCCAGAACCUCCUAUUCCAGUAAUUUCCAAUUCCUUCUUUUUUGGUGGGGAUGGAGAGUUGGAGGGCAGUGACUAUAGAGAUCUUGUGGAACUACACAAUAUGAAAUGAAAGGUCAGGGAAAACAGUGAAGCAUUCAGGGAAAUAUGAGGGAAUAUCUUGGUUUUUAUAUGUUGCAAGCUCUAUAUUGAUCUGAUUAAAUUUCUCCUUUCAAUUUCAGUACAAAUUAUUAUGCUAAAAGGAAUUUAGGAAAUUUAGAAAUGACCCCCCUCAAUCAAUUCUCUCUAAGAGUAGCCCUGAUAUCAACAUACCAGUACAUGCAAGAAAAAACUUAGCAAGAAUGAACUGUUUUUUCAUUAAUUUUAAUAACUUUCUAUACCAUAUAACAUUGUAAAUUAAUGUAAUAUUAUAUUUUUAUCUAUGGCUCAGCACCUAAAUACUGUACUUUGUAUCACAAUCUAUUAUGUGAACAUGACUAAACAGUAAACCUCAGCUUCUGACAACCCUGUUUAUCCCUUAAAGCCCCAUUGAAUAUCAACAUACAAAUUCUCCAAACUGUUUUCCAUACAUUUUGUUGUAGGUUAGUUGGGAGAAAUUGGUCAAAGAUCAAAGCAUUUACAUUGUACCCUAGCUUGAGAAGACAGCCAACAUAUUGUGAUGCCACCACUGGUUUCCCUGUGAAAUGACGUCUAAGAAACGAGCACAGAAAUUCCAUACUGAUGAUGCUUCUGAUUGGCUGAAGCAAACUCGGCCUGACCAAUCAGCCUGACCACUCGGCUUGACCAAUAAGAGGCACUACUCAGAUCUGGGUAGUAAAGCAUCAUCAGUAUGGCAUUUUGGUGCUCGUUUCUUAGAUGUCAUUUGGCAGGGAAACCAGCAUUGUCGUUGCGAAAUGUCAGCUCUUUUCUCAGGCUAAUCAUUUGAAUAAUUCUCCAAGCCUUUACUCUUGAUGAUGCUCUCUUGAUGUAUGAAUAAUGUAAAAGAAGAUUGGCAUUGAUGGGAUUAAUAGUCUCUCACUCUUGUGUCAUUCAACAUUGACUGCUGCAUCUUUAGUUUUGUUUGUUAUUUUAAUAAUAUUUAUAAAUAAGAAUUGUCUCUAUUUUUCUUUAUGUUUAUUUAUUAGAUUUGUUAGUACAUUGAAGUGUUAUUUUAAGUUUAAAUAUUGUUUACCAUAUUAUCUUACAAACAAAUUGUCUAAUCUUUUUUCUUAUUAUUUUAACUUCUGAAGACAUCAGCAAUCUCUUACUGUAAAUUUUAAGUCAUGGUUUUCUUUGAUUAAUGGGCCAUUUGCACGAUAGCGUCAUUCUACUACUUGAAGCAGAAUCCUUUUUGAUUUUCCUUUCAUAUUUAAAUUUUGUUAUCCCAGCAAGGUGUAAAUAACAAAAGCCCUAAUUUGCACACGAAAGCAAACCCUGUAGGAUUCUGGUUGUAGCAGUAAAGUGAUGUCGUCAUGCAAAUGGCUUAUUAUAAAAUUGAUUGAUUGUAAUCCAUUUUCCAUAACUUCACAAUGUGUUAAAUAAACCAAUAAGUAUUAUACUUCUUCUUUUAGCAUUAUAACAAUACUGUUGGGUGUUAUAUUAAAGUCUAAUCAGUGACCUACUUGUGCUUUUACAACAAUACUUGUCUUUGAAGUUGGCAACAAUUGCUUUGCAUCCACUGCACAUUUGCCUUGGUUUGCUGAUUAAAUUCUAAGAUUAAAAAGUAGAGAGGAAAAAAAGAAACCAAAAAGGGCAAAACAAUGGCUAAAAACAUUUCGUUUUCUUUACUCAAGAAAAGAAUUUUUUUUUAUUUGAAAUAACGACAGGGUAUUAUCUUAUAUCAUGAACAGAAUAAUACAAGGAUUAUGGAGUUGAUAUUCUUGUUUUGUAAUCAAUAUCUUACUAGUUUUCUUUUCUCUUUCAUGAGAUAUCAAUUUGGCACUAGCAGAUAAAUUUCAUGUCUCUGUGCACCCUGUUUUGUUCUCCCUUCUCCGCCUGGAAUAAAGCAUCAAGUGACCAUUGAAAAACUGGUGGAUUCUCCUUUUAAUUGCCUUUGUUUGCUUGAGCAACCAACAAAGGAAUUUAACAUGAGAUCAGAAGUCAUAUCUGACGUUUCCCAUGCACUUCUUCAGUAAUGGAGAUAUAUAUAAGGUAUGAAAGUCAUUCUAACUGGUGUCUGUAUCGUAAAUGUCAGCGAACAAGUUUAAAUCCAUGGCCAGUGUCAUAGACUGCUGGAGGAAACCAACGCAUCUUCAUUCGACGGCAACCACGGGUGAACCAGUCGAACAUGCUUAGAAUGUUAGUAUUACAAGGCAAAUGGGUGAAAAUCUUGGUGAUUGGUUUAAUGAAUCUUGGGAAGUUUUGCUCCACAUGCAAAGCAAUAUCUUCCACUGUUGGUUCAUGAAAUUUAAAACAACACCAUUCUCUGGAGACACCAUAAACUGGCUUGACUUUCAUGCUGUUUUUGUCCCAGUAAUUUCCUGGUUUGGAUAACUCAGUGGUAUUAAAAUUGUCCCACAGUUUUGUAAGUUCACCCAAGGGAAAAAUGUUUCCCUGUUCUGCAUCAAAAGUGGCUGUUAGUUUCCCAGUCUGGAUGGCAACAAAGUCAUUUUCAACUUUCCAAAUAUCAUUCACCCAUUUAUCAGAAUGUGCAGUAUCAAGAAAUAAUAUGAGUCUGGCCCCUGUUCCUUCAUUUUUGUUUCUCCACCAUUUUAAGAUGCUAUCAAAUGAGAGGGUGUUGUUUUCUGUGAGCGCCCAGUCACCAUUAUCUGUUACAUGUCCACUAUAAUACAAAAUGUAUGUGUCAUAGUGCAAUCCAGGAAGAACUCUUUGCUGAAAAAAUGAUGAUAUCUUCUUUUCAAUGUAAUCAGCUGAAAUACCACUAGUUGAAAAAUCUGUGCCAAAGUUAUGAAUCAUGUGACUUGAGAAAAAUCUGGACACAAUAUUAAUGAGUUCCAUUGCUUUGGUGUUGACAGCUUGGAAGGCGUUUUCUGCAAGAACAAUGACAUCCCCAGUUGGGCUGUACUUAUGAGCAGGUGCCACUACAGCGUAACCAAUAGCUGUUCCUCCCACAGACUUACCAAGCUUUGUUAGGAUGUCACACAUGAGUAACUCAAUAGGCAGAACAGUCAACAGCAUGCCAAUGAAUAUUGGAUUUGUUUCUUGCCAUGCUGAUGCUAUCACAAGAAUUGUGGAAACUAAAGUAUACAAUGUUACAAUUUGUGAGACCAGACAGAAGUGUCUGAGUCCUUUUGAUGCCAUUAUUUCGGACAUGGCAUUGUCACUAUAUUCUCCUCUUGUAUUUACAACAUUACAGCAUUCCUCUAGCUUUCCAACAAAUCCCCAACAUGUUACAAUAAACAUAAAAUGGAACCAAACCCAUGGAAUAGACAUCAGCACAAAUAUGGGCAGUCUAUACACUGGCAUUUCAGGGUCUUUGAUGAGCUGUGUGCUAAAUCCAUAGAAAAGUGCUUCCAAAACCAAGAUUGCAACUAUCUGAAGUCUAUGAACGCAUCUUCCAUGAAAUAUGAACUUCUUCCAUGUUUCCAAUAAAGACAGCCUUGAGAAAUAAAUGUCAAUGAUAGAUUCAAAAGAAAGAUGGACGAUAAAAGAUGAUAAAAUGUAUGGGUUGUAAUGGACAUCACUGGCUGGAAAGAAAUACAGACCACCCAGAAAGCACAGGCAGCAGGCGCUGAGAAGAGCCACGCUUGACUUCAUAUGAAAUGCCAUUAAAUGAACUGUGACCGCUACAAUGAUUGUUAGCAUGCUUCCAAAGUGCAUAGUUCCAGUCGUCCCAGAGAGGAAUCCUAGCAGGUACAAGCACUCUUCUGUUGAAAGGAAGAUAGACUCGUAUACAGGCGUGCCACAGAUUCUUAAAGUUAGAGCUCUGAAGCAAUGAACCGCGGUACUUGUCAUUAUGAGAAUAUCAGUGGCAUCCAGGUCGUGAAGAGAAUCGAUUGGGUGAUCAAACGCAAUUUCGGUGAAGGAUAAAACACUGAAAAGUACACCCAUCCACAAAUGGCUGAAUCCUUUUCCAAACUCUUUGUAUCCGUAAAGAUAAGUAGCUAUAGAAAUCAAAACAGCCACAGAAACCGCGAUAGCAAGAAGAUGGAUGCUCCCAUCUGUUGUAUGGUGAAGCCAGCGCUCUCUGAUACCAUUCGCAGCUCCAGCGAAGAAGAGAAGAAAGCAAAGUGUAGAGGAAUAUUGAGCAACUCUGCUGGAUGCUUUAGGUAGCAUGCUCAUUAAAGAAGUCACACCCGAUGCAAGUAACGACUAUUCUUCUGCCGAGUUUUCACGCCGGAAUUUCUUUUCAAGGCUUGACUACACACCUUUUUAAUUAAAAGCAGCUGAAAGGCAUGAAAUAUACUUUUUCCUCACCGAAGUCUAGGAGUGGUUAGCCCCUAAUUCUUUUGCAAAAUGUGCUAAUCAAUUGUAUGUUUUGACAAGUCUUUGACACGUUGCCCAUCCGCCAUGUUUGUUUCCCGAGAUGUCCGCACAUGCUUUAGUUUUGUUUACUGCUGAACAUUUGCAGGCUCAAUGUUCAACAUGGUCAAUAUGGCGGACGAUCCAGCCGACAUGGAAGGUUGCGAUCAACAGAAACUGGCAGAUAUUAUCAAAGGAUUGCACGGCAAGCUAAGGAGAGAGUUAAGAGAAGGUAAAUAAUGCCUCAUUUGUUAAGAUGCUAGUUAUCUGUCGAGUUUAAUUCAGAAUUUGUUGAUAUAUGGGCUCAUCAUUUUUACAUGUAAAGCUAGCAUAUGUCAUUCAACAGCGACGCUCUUUCCAGUGGGAUAAAAAUAAAAAUAGAAAAAAAAACAUCAAUUACAAUUCAUGUUCCUUGUAAAGAUCCUUAUACAGUAUUAAAAAACCCUGCGUUACGGAGAACCGCCUAAUACGCGCACCUUGUUCUUAUGGACAGUUUGCUUUGUACCUUGGGAAAGAAAGCCCUUACAUUUUCUCUAAAUUCACCCCGCCUAAUAAAGACACCCCAGGGGCACCCAACGUCAAUUUUUGGAAAAUAUCUGUUCGGAAGACGAUUUGAGAUCUAGAAUUUUCGGAACAUUUGUUUUAAAAUUUCUUGCUUGCCUGCCUCUCCGAGGAUUUUGGAACAUCUAAAAAAUGGUAUAAUUGUCCAUUUGUAACGGAUUUUUACCCUAAAAAGGUCACCUAGAAUUUUCAGGAGCCUUUUUUCUGGCUGAGAUUUUCGAAAAGGUAAGCUUUCAUCCCUAUAAUUUUCGGAUCGCUAGACUUUCAGCUAGGAAAUCCGAACAGAUGAAAAAUUUUUAUGGGAUAAAAAUAUGCCUAUAUCUACCAUUUAAAUGCUAAAAUACGUUCAACAAUGCCAUGUUUUAGUGGUUUUGAUCUAUAUUCUCAUUGGGUGCCCCUGACACCCUGUUAAUAUGGACACUGUCUAUGGCCCCCUCUGCAUCCGAAUUAACGGAGUUUGACUGUACUAUAAUUGCAAAAUUUGGAGACUUUCUUGGGUCGAUUUAGAUUUUAUUAAUUUUGUUGAAUCCUUCAUGCCUGUUUUCUAAUGAUAAAGCAAAUGGUGACCACAACAAAGUCUGGCAAAGCCACUGUACUGACAGGAAAUCAUUGGAGGAAUAUGCAUCUGCCAUGUACAUGUUAGCUGUCAAUCACUGGACAAGACAGUCCCCAGAGGGAAGGGUAGAGUGGUGUUAUUCAAUGGCAGUGGAGUUCUUCAGUGGGGGAGGACUGAAAAAGUUGAAAGAAAAACAGAAAAGGAGACGACAGUUUUCUGAAACUGUGAACAAAUGUUGCUGCUGUUUUGAUGCAGAGGAAAGUGAGAUUUGUCCUAGUGCUAGGUAAGUGUUUUUUCAGAGAUUAUCAGCAGAGAACUCUGAUCACUUUGAAGGCUUAACUCCUUUAAAAAAAAGUGCAUGUAGAGACAGUUGCUGAAUAGGAAGUGUGACUGUUUCAAAAUGCAAGAAAGUUGUCAGGUGCCUUGUGUCAUGCCUUGUGAGUAACUACUAUGGACCCUCAAGAUCCCGCAAAAAACCUGGCCCCAGUUGUUCAGAAGGUUAAUUAUAUAUCAUUAUCCACUGAAUAUAUUCUCUAUUCAGUGGAUAACACAAUUGGAUUAUCUAAUACUGAUCUGCUGGAUAUUGAUUUACCCCAUGGAUAGUGCUGUACAACACUCUUCACUUCACCACUAGGCCCAGCCACAAAUCCAGUGAUCCACUUUUUCAAUGUUCACUUGUCAACCAAUUACCCCAUCAACCAUACAAUAAGGGUGUACUAACAAUUGGAACACCAAUUUUUUCCAAUUUUUUGCCAAGUUGGCAAAAAACUGCAAACCCCAUUUUGUGUAGCCUGUUCCAGGCUCAAAGAUAGUGAGGAAAGCAGAUUACAAGAAGUUGCCUGCAAACUACGUGGGGGUUGGGGAGAGAUGGAGUAGGGGAGCCUGUGAGCACUGUUUCAAUACCUCAUUCCGAUGUCCAGCUCCUGGUAUACCCCAUGAUUGGUCAUUUGUGACAGGUUACUUCAACACUUACUUCAGUCAUUUGGCUUCGCGCAUGCUGAGUUUUACAUACAUGCCAAGGACAGAAACCCUCCCACACAGCACCUUUUGAUGUUUUGACCUUUGACAUUUUGACAGGAGAAAAGGCUUUUUUUAGGAAGAGGGCAAGGUGGUGUGUGGAUUAAGGUAUUUGAAAAGAUGAUUGCAGGCUCUCUCCUUCGCUUUUCCCACCGAUUUUUUAUCAUUCCCUAUUUCACUGCUCACUUAUUUUUUUUAUUCAUUGGCACUGACCAAGGGUCUGGCACAGGCUACAUCUUGUGAUUUGAGGACAGUUAUAUUCAUGGUGAACAUCAUAUUUUUUCCCAGAUUUCCAUCAGUAAAUGGCAAGUUACUUCUUCUUGAUGUUGGAAGUUGUUUCAAUCCAUUUGCUGUUUAUAACAAUAUUGAUCCACUUGCCAUAGAUCUGCAGCCUGCAAUCUCUGUAAGUAUGACUUCUUCUUUGAUCAAUGUUAACACCAACCACCUUAGUCGGUUUUUUUUUUCAGUUUGAUAAAACGCCCUUGGGUGCCUUUGAACAGUAAGGUAAAACUUGUAACAUUUUACAUUUUAUGCAUUUUAAGCUAACAAAGUAACUGUAAACUUAUUUUACAGACUGUUUACAGGUGUGAUUUUCUUAAUCUUGAAUUAAAAGAAAUGCCUCCUUUAACUCAAAAAUGCUGUUCUUGCAAGAAUUAUGAUACAAGUAUGAGAAAUCCAUCAAACGAAAUGUCGCCAGAAAAACAAGACAUGGCUGUCCCAAUUUUUACUGAGCACUUCUGUAAUGCAUCAACUGGGUCAGAGGAAAGCUCUGAAACAUCUCCACAAAAUGGCAAGCUUUUGAUGAGCUCAACAGCAUCAAAUGUAGUGAACAAUGGAGACAAACGUAACUUGACGUACUUAGAGCACUAUUUAAAGGAAUUAGAGGGCAAAGAGAUCAAUAUUCUUCCAUCAGAAAUGUUCCAUGUCGUUGUAUUUUCCCUUCUUUUGUCUUACUUUCCUUCUGCUUCUCAACGAUGGGAAUGCUGCCAAAAAGCCCAUCAACUUUUACAGACAAAUGGUUUGCUAUUAAUUGUUACGCCAGACUCCAGUCAUCAGAAUAAAAACUCUGCAAUGAUAAAAUCUUGGAAGACUGCUAUUGAGUCACUUGGAUUCGUGCGGUUUAAGUAUGAAAAACAAACUCAUCUACAUUGUAUGGCAUUUCGUAAGGUUGCACCUUGCCACUCUUGUAACUAUGGCACGGGUGAUGCCAGUAUGAUGUACAUUCCACAGGACUUCCAAGAGGAAGAAGAGAGUGGGUACCCUGUGGUUUCACACAGUGAAGAAGACAGUGCUUUAACAAUGGAAUGUUUUAGUGAAUUGCCAGAUUUAUAG